AUGCUACGAAGGAGGAAGAAGUGGGGUAAGAGGUCUUGUGACACUUCUUCCACUCUAACAGUAUCUCAAUUCCAGGACACCAUGAAAAUCAUUGCUCUGCAUUAUCUCUUGGCAGUCAUUCUAUUGGUAUUUUCGACGAUUGGAGCAGAAGCUCGCGGAUGGGGAAAAGGACAAGCUGGAUACUGGCCAAUCGUCAACGUACCCGUAAGACAAAGACAUUUUCGUCGAUUUGGUCACGGCAAAUAA